AUGGAUGGCUUCGUGAAAGUGGAAUUCUUUCCGAAACGAUUAAUUGCACUCGCCGGAUCGCUUUUACCUGGAUUGGCAUGUUACGCUUGCAUUGCUUACACGUAUGUGUUUCAAUCCGAACGAGCACGUAACUUCAAGUCGACGGAUUGUGAAAAUGUUCCGAAGUGA